AUGAUUAUACUACCGGAUCUACUGUUAGGUUACCCAGAACUAGACAUGCUAAUAAGCGCAGUGAGAUGGCAGUCUCCGCCAUCUUACGAUCCAGUAUGGUUGGCCAGCGUACAAACUCAUGCACCAGUGCCGCCAGUCAAUGAAACUCGACUAUGGGGCUGGGUUGCGAUGCAGGAUGUAGAGUUUAGAUUAUUUACAAGACGAAACCCCUACGAAUACCAAGUUCUCAAAACUAACGAUUCGUCCAAUCUGCGAGAUUCAAACUUUAACUUCAAUAACAAGGUGAAAGUUCUAGCACACGGGUGGCUCAACCAUGGCAACGGACCUAUGCCGGAAUCCAUUAAGGAAGCGUACCUCAAUGUAAGCGAUAUAAAUAUAAUUGUAGUGGAUUGGGGGAAUGCGGCAAAUGUGAACUACAUAUUGGCUAGUUAUAAUGUAGCAAUGGUUGGAAGAGUUUUAACAGAAUUCCUUAAUUUUUUGAUAAAUGAGGGAGUGUCAAUGGAUAACGUUCAUCUAAUAGGACACAGUUUGGGCGCCCACGUUGUCGGUAUAGCAGGAGCUUACGUGAAGCAAGGACCUAUCGACACGAUAACAGGUUUAGAUCCAGCUCUGCCGUUAUUUACGCUGGGUAAUAAAGAUGCGCGUCUGGACAAACACGACGCGCGGCACGUCGAAGUCAUUCACACGUGUGGGGGAUAUCUUGGGUUCGCGGCGCCACUCGGUCACAUCGACUUCUACCCGAACGGCGGGACCCGACAGCCCGGAUGCGGAAUCGAUUACAGAGGUCUCUGCGCCCAUAAUAGAGCUCACAUGUUUUUCGCUGAAUCUAUCAUAUCUCCGGUACCUUUUACGGCCGUUCGUUGUAAAGAUUACGACGAAUUAUACUACCAACGAUCUUGCAAAGGCACUGGCGAGAAGUUGAUAAUGGGCGGAUUUGACAUACAUUAUGGGAAGGAUGGGAUUUACUACCUCAAGACCAACGCAGAUAAACCUUACGCUUUAGGGGACGUCCAUCCA